GCCGCCCGAAUCGGACACGGUUUUGCAGCAGUUUUCCCGAACGGAACGCCAUUCAGGUUAUGAAAAUCUCUAAGCGCUGUAAAGGAGCUUUGUUGUUUUCCGGGCAGGAUUAAGGGAGAGUUGAGUUGUCUCUCGGUUGAACUUGAAAUUCCCUCGAAGCUUUCCAAGAAAUCAUAUGAUUAGUGCGACUGUAUUUGUGAGAGUACAUCAUCCACGUGAGUUUUGUCUUAUGGGUGAGUUCGUCCCGUUCGUCCUUUCUAUGGUGAACAAGUGUGAGUGCUGAUGCAGUGCAUUUUCCUAGCUUUUAUUUUACUUGGCGCCUCCUGUCGUUUUUGGGUGUGUUAGUGUGACAGAAUGCGGCUGUUGUGGCAAUCAUGAGAUGAAGAUUUUCCACCCAGCCCCAAAAGCUUUUCUCGGCCAGAAGGUUAAGCAAGUGAAAGUGCCCAAACGGAAAGUGACACAGAAUUGGGAGGAACCGUGAAUAUUUUCUAGGCAAAUCUCUAUAAAUUGUAGUUUAAAAACCGAAAAUCAUUAGCGCCAUUGUGAUAAAACAAUAAACUCAAUCAUAAGUGAAAAUUCCCCUGUUGAUUUCCACCACUUUUCAAACGAUUGCAUUCGGUGAAGGAAAAAAAAGUGCCACUCCUAGAGGGGAGAAAGCCGGAAUUAAAAAUAACCUUCGCCAAUAAAACAAAGUGUCAAUUUCAUCUCGAGAGCAAAGAAAAACAUAGAUAAUUCAAGUGUAUAUCGUGACAGAAACGUGCUGAGUCGUGCAGGUUUACUGACCUGGGGCCGAGUUGGAUUGAUCAAGCUAGAAGGGGAAAAAAGAAAAGGAAAAUGCCAUAUAUCGAGAUUGUGCUCCCCAAAGUCCAUCUUUUAGUGUAGUAGAUUGCAGUAAGCAGAACUCGCAGGCCUCAACAUCGAUUAAAAUGCAUUAAUCUACCGUCAAACACCAUUACUCCUAGAAUAGUGAUAGACAUCGAGUAUUUAUCGGAACUAGAAAGUUAAAAAAACGUUGUAACCUUAUAUUUAAAAAAAAUAGUUAACGAGCAUACAAUCUUCACAAUGUCAAGCAAUGCGAGCUCACCAAUCAACAGUCCGAGAAAAAUCUUCGGCAAAACCAGCGCCAUGGACAAAAACGCGAUGCUGGAGUAUGAACUCAACAAAAAUUUAGAUGAAAUGUUCCGGGAAAAGGCGGAAAAAGAGCUCGGGGAAACUGCCGGGGAGCUGACGUACACGAAAAUCCGGCAGCUGCGGCAACAGUUGAACAUCUACGCCGAGCAUCAUCAGCGCGGAUUCGGUGGCCGCCGGGAUGAUUCGUUCCUGUUGCGUUUCCUGCGCGCCAAAAAGUUCGAUGUCGAUAAGGCGUUCAAAAUGAUGCAAAAAUACUACAAAAUGAAGGAAGAAUAUCCGGAGAUAUUUAAGGUUUCCCCACCCUCGGAGAUGAAAUUUAUGCUCGAGAUGCAAAUUCAGUGCAUGCUUCCUAAGAAAGAUGACCACGGGCGUCAAAUUUACCUAUUCCGAGUUGAAAAAUGUGAUCCAUAUAAAAUUCCAGUAGAUUACGUAUUUCGGAGCAAUGUGCUGGCCCUGGAGGAUGCUGUACGGAAUCCAGAGACUCAAAUUGGUGGUCUUGUUGUACUACUAGACAUGGCCGGGUUAGGAUUUGCUCAUGCCAGAUAUCUUUCGCCCCAUUUGGCGAAAAAGACAGUAGAAGUGGUGCAGGAAGCGUUCCCGAUGCGCUUCAAGGCUUUCCACGUGCUCCACGAGCCGUUCUACUUUGAUGCCAUCUUGGCAGUGCUCAAACCGUUCCUGAAGGAUAAAAUUAGGCGACGGAUACACCUCCACGGUCACAGCAUCGCUUCACUGCACAAAUACGUCUCCAAGGACCUACUUCCGGUGGAAUACGGUGGGACGCUUCCUCCGUUUGACAACACCGAGUGGCGUACGGCCAUCCUAGACAACGAGCAGUACUUCAUCGAUCUGGAAUCAUACCAGCAGGAUAAUAGCUGCUUCCAGGAUUGUCUGGAAGCAGGGGAUACGGAUAGUGUCGAGAGUUUGCAGUUCGGGGAUACGGAAACCGAGGACAGUGAGUUCGAUGAGGAUGAUAAGAGGAUGUUGAGUCCCAAGCGAACUCCCCGGUCGUUGAUCAAUAUUGAGGAGAUAUUCCGGAAGAAUGAUUUGAAUGGGUACGGGGUCAGUGGGUCCGGCGAUGGGGAGGACGAUAGUAGACCGGAAAAGGAAGUGGAAGAUGUUAAAUAAAAAUUGAUUUGGGAUGAGAGUUUUUUGUUUUGUUUUGUCAUUUUUAGUUUUUUCCGGUUCAAGAAUGGUUUUAAAAUUCGAACUACUUAUUCUCCACUAACCGAGGAUCGAAGAAAAUGUCUACUCUUCCAAAAUCCAACCGCACAAGGCCGCCGUAAAAUAUGAUUUCCCAUUCACACUUGUCAGCACCCAUCAGCACCCACCAAGAAGAAGUAAGCGGCAGCCGGUGGCAGUUCCGGAUUUUGUUGAUUGCUGCUCCUGUUUACUGUUCCGAUGAUGACGACGACGACGAUGUAGGGAACAGUUUUUCAGGAUCACCAAAUGGAGUCCCCCAUUCCUCGUUUAAACAAAAUGUCUUAUCCUUCAGCUCAGUUCCAAAUAAGGAUUCUGUGGCUGUCUCCUUCCAGCGGCAACCAGCCACGUAAUUGCGUUCCAUUUGUCGGGAAAUGUUUGGCGUGCUGUUUUGCCGCCAUCCACCGCAAGCUUUCGACGCCUCGACGCCCCAAUGUACGCCACAGAUCACAACUUUUAAACAUUAAUAAUACACAUGGAUGCUCACCCUCAUAAAAAUCGCUAAUGGAGCACAGGGAAUGGGAGAUCAUAUUUUCGCGAAUUUCCCGAGAAAUGUAUUAUACGUCUGGCGGUCUUCUUAUAGAGAAGUAAAAUUUUGUGGUUUUUGCCAUUUUUUUUCUCAUUAAUGUAUCACACGAGCGCGAAAUCUUCUCCACACUGAAAAGCACCGUCUUUUGAAAGGCAUCUGCGAGAAGCACUGCAUAAUUUAUGACCGUUAUCAUUGUAUUAGAAUAAAUUUACACUUUUUUUUAUUUCUCUAGACUAGUGAGAGUAUUUCCGGGGGAAAAAAAGCAGAAAGCAAGACAUAUUGGGCAAUAUAAUGGGCUAAGAAGCUUUAAUGAAGCACGAAAUGUGAGCGCUAAGGAGGGAUGGCUGGAAUGAUUGGUUGGGCUGUUGUACAGAUUCAAUUAUCCUAGUACAAAAAAUGAUAGAAAAUCAUAAGUAGGACAAGCAGAAUCAAAAAGAGAAAUAUAUAUGAAAUUUAUUUUGGAAUUGAAAUAUUCAAAACAGAUUCAUAGUCAGAAAAACUCUAAGAAUAAUCAAAACGGUAGUGAAGCUCAAUAACACCUGAUUUCAACAUAAAUAAGUGAGUGUUUGAUUUUGUUUUCGGUUUUCUCGUGAUGUUUUAUUUUCAGCUUUCGUUUUAAGAUAUUUCGAUCAAAGAAAUUCUAAAAUUUGAACGUGGUUGUCUUAAAUCCAUUAAUGUUAAAAAACGGCCUUAUUUUACUGUCAAGGAUUUUCCGUUCGAAAAGUUUGAUUCAACGUUAUAAAACAAUUACGCUUAACCAUUCCUUCAUAUGUGACAAGUACUCUCAUUCGAGUACAACGUUAUAAAACCAGUUGAUGACCCACGUAAUCAAUGAAUGAUAGACAACUAUUUUCCCUAUUUACAAGCGUUUAAAUCAAAAUAUUUAACACAGAUAUUUAAACUGAGAAAAAUGAAUCAAAUUAAACUAUCUAAUGAACAACUUAUCUUACGAAUCAAUUACGGAACAUCUGAAGCAAAAUCAUUAUUAGACAAUUGACUAGCUAAAUGCAAAUAUAAUCGCAAGCAAGAGCUUUCUCUCCGACGCCGUGUUAACUUGUCAAACAAAAAGAGCAAUUCAAAACCAACAACAAAAUUACUUGUUCAUGAAAUGAAAACGAAACAACGAUCGAUCGUUCAUGUAUUUCACAACUGGUUGAACAAUUAAUAGAUUUUAUCAGAAAUUAA